AUGAAGUUCAGAGGGGCGUAUGAUGGACCAGGCACAUGCAUAACAUAUGAAUCCAUUAACCAUGCAUUCCAUGAGGCCAAAAGCAGACUUGGACUUCCUGCUCCCAGCAAGCGAGACCUGUCCAAUAAAGAUGUGGGCCAGAUCGCCAGAGUCGUUCUGGAGACAUCUAGGAUCAUCUCCAGACAGUAUUCACUGCCAGCAGAUGCCAUCACAAAUGGACUACCACUAAUUGACACCACCAAGACAGUGAUUGACCAAUAUUGCCCCUACUUCCUCAAGUUCCCAGCUUGUGAACCCAAAAGGUACAGGACCUACACUGGGCUCUGCAACAACCUGGAGAAACCCCACUGGGGGUCAGCCCAGAGUGCCUUCAAGCGCCUACUCCCACCAGCUUAUGCAGAUGGUUUGGAGAUCCCCAGAGUGAGUUAUUCAGGAAGACCCCUGCCUUCUGCCAGAGUGGUCUCAGCUCACAUGCACAGGGAUGAAGGUUUCCAUGACCAUGCAGUGACUGUCAUGCUCAUUGCAUGGGGACAGGCUAUUGACCAUGACAUCACACUGGCUGUUGAGUCCAAGAGGUCUGAUGGAGAAGACCCCAGGUGUUGUGACAGGGACACAAAGCAUCCUGACUGUUUCCCCAUCGCAAUCCCAGCCCAGGACCCAUUUUACUCCCUCUUCAACAAGAGGUGCAUGAGUUUUGUGAGGAACUUGCCUGGGGCACAGUACUCCUGCAAACUAGAAAACCUGUCCGAAAAAAUGCUCUAA